UCAAUUCAUUCAUCUAAACCUUCUUAUCUCUUAUUAUUCAUAUUCUACAUUAAUUCUCUCUCUAUUAUUGUUUAUCUUUCCUCAGACAAGAAACAAAAAAUGGCAUCUGAGGUUUGUGAGGGUUUGGCUUUCAUCAAGGGGGAUGAUGGGUUGCAAAUCAAUGGUGCUCUUCUGAUGUCAUUGAUGGAAGAAUCAUCACCAAGUGAUGAGGGUGAUGAUGAGAGAUUGAAUAGCUUGAUUAGGGCUUUUGAGGCUGAAAUAAGUGGAAGCAAGAAGAUGGAGGAUGAUGAUGAUUCAGCAUCAUCCACAGGUUCAGAAAGAUUUGAGAGGAAUGACAUGGAAGAGUGUGGCAGUGAAUCAUGGAAGAUGGAAGAGAUUGAAUGGUGUAAUUCAUCAAAUGAAUUAUGGGUGGACAUGGAUUUGGUGUCAUCAUGCCCAUUUGAAGAUAGGAGUUGGUGUUUUGACCCUUGUGGAGAGGAACACUAUGUCUUCCCAAACAACUACAUGGGAGAUCAUAAUUACAAUUCCUUGUGGCAAGACAUGCCAUGCAAUUGAUGUCUUUUAAUAAUAAUUACUCUCCAUGUUGUUAACAUGUAAAUUCAUCCAUGUUGUAGCCCUCAAAAUGUUUUUAUAAAAAAAAAAAAAUGGGAUGAGAUUUUCAGUAUGAGCAAAAGAAAGCUCUUUGGAAUCUAGAUGUUGAAUUAACAACCAAAGGAAAUUAAAGUAAUUGUUCAAUCA